CUGCUGUGGCAACCAGUGUCCUCUCCUUCAAGCACUUUUGCUUUGUUUUCUAUAAUUGCUUACUUUGUUCCUCCUUUUGUUCAGGUAUGGCAGCGACUUUACCCAGAACCCUUGGGGAGUUGCAGCUCUACCGCAUCCUUCAGAGGGCCAACCUGCUGUGCUACUACGAUGCCUUCAUCCAGCAGGGUGGUGACGAUGUUCAGCAGCUAUGCGAGGCCGGCGAGGACGAGUUUCUCGAGAUCAUGGCGCUCGUAGGCAUGGCCAGCAAGCCACUGCAUGUCAGACGCCUACAGAAAGCUCUGCGCGAUUGGGUCACAAACCCUGCCCUGUUCAAUCAGCCCCUCACGUCUCUUCCUGUCUGCAGCAUUCCUGUCUACAAGCUGCCAGAAGGGUCACCCACACUGUUGCCUGGGAAUGGCGCCCGUGGAGACACCCAAGUCAAAGUGCCCAAGUGUUUGGCAGCUGCUUGCGUGGAUCCCGGAAAAGGAGAAACAGGCAACGGGAACUCUUCAGCCACUGUUUCGCCCCUCCAGAGUGGAAGCGAGCCACGUUUUUGGGCCAGUCACGGCACGGAGAGCGAGCACAGCCUGUCCCCGGCAGAACUGGGCUCUCCGUCUUCCCCUCGGGACGGCCUGGAGGCACUGGACGCAGCUGCUGUUCAGUCCGUGGCAGAGUGCGUGGAAAGAAUCACUCAGACUUUGCCCAAGAGUGACCCUGGAGAGGUUAAAGAACAGUUGAAGGGAAAUAAGAAACUUGCCAAAAUGAUCAGCCACAUUUUUGAUAUGAGUGAUGAGGAUCCACACAGGGAAGAGGAAAUCCGCAAGUAUAGUGCUAUAUAUGGCAGAUUCGACUCAAAAAGGAAGGAUGGGAAGCAUCUGACUCUGCAUGAGCUGACGGUGAAUGAGGCUGCAGCACAGCUUUGUAUGAAGGAGGUGGCAUUGCUGACUCGCAGAGAUGAGCUUUUCGGACUAGCCCGUCAGGUCUCCCGAGAGGUCACCUACAAAUACACCUACAGAACCAGCAAAUCUCGCUGCAGUGACAGAGAUGAGCCGUCACCCAAGAGAAUUAAAACUGAGGAGGGAUGUUUUGACCUCCAGGAGGCGCUGCAGGCCAUUCACAUGCGCCAGGAGACCCUUAAGGAGCAGCUAGCCCACGCCAGAUCUAAAGGAGAAGAGACGGUUGGGCGGAACAUCCAGGUUCAGCUGGAGCGUCUGUUGGCCAAGCAGAUGGAGAUACUGCAUGACGCCGCGGCUCAGGACAGACUGCAGGCUCUAGAGUGGAGGGUUCCACCAGGGCCCUACAAACGCAGCAUGAACAGACAGAACAGCAACGGGCUCUCCGCUGACAAAAACACUGACCAGCAGGGAGAGAGGCCGCUGAAUCUGAGGGUGACCAGCCAGAGAACGAGCGCAUCAGACGGAGACACGCCUCUCGGAAAGCAGCUGGCCAAUGAGUUGAAGAGGCAUCAGCAUGCCAAUGCUGAGAGCAAGACGCCAGCAGCCACAGGUGUGUACGCAUCUUCACGUGCCCUCAACCUCUCUGAGAAGAAGACCAUCAAGUCAGAGCCAGAGGAUUCCAGAUAGCAGCCCCGGAUGCUUUCGUUUCAAACCUACAACAAUACACGUCGUCUGUCAGCGAAUACUAAAUAAGCACAACUACAGUAAAGCCUUAACCAAUGUUGCCUCAAAAAAGAGUUUAGUUUAGUUUAGUGUAGUUUCUCGUCCAUUUUUGUUUUUGCCAAAGCACCUAGAGCCCUUAUUUCCAUUCUCCUGAGUAGUCACUGACUGUACUUGUUUAAUUCUCUCUAGCUCUCAUCACUUGUUUUUUAUGCUCUCCUAUCGACGUGGACCACGAAGUCCACUAUUUGUACAUACAUAGAAAACGUCUGUUUGAAAAUGGUUAAAUGUUAUUUAAAUACAGUAUGUGUUGUAUGUAUAUAUAUGAAUGCAUGUAAAAUAUCACAGAAACAGAGGGACGCAGUGUUUUUAAAGUUGUUCGUAUAAGCAACUAUUGUUGUCACCUUUUUAAGUAAGCCUCCUGGAUUGUGUUUCUCUUUAAAGACCCCAUGCAAUCAA